UGGAUGCAUCCAACUCCUGCCACGCUGCUCUGCUGCCACUCGCUCACAUUUCACUGGGCUGUGACCCCCGUGGGUUCACAUCGCCCUGAGCCCUGCCGUGGGGCAGACAGCAACCCGAACCCGGCGGCUGGGGUUUCAGAGGCAGCGCAGGGUGGCUGUGUCCUGGGGUCACCUCCUCAUCUGUGGUCUGCCCCGCGGCACAAACGUGCCUCUCUGUGAGCCGAGGGGAUGCAGGGGGUCUGCGUAAACCGGCCUCCUCCCCCUGCCCAGCAGCCACCCUCUGCACCUCUCCCUGCCAGCUCUUGCCGUGCGCUGCCAGAGGCCGUCACCAUGACCCUCACCAAAGGCUCCUUCACCUACUCCAACGGGGAGGAGUACCGCGGCGAGUGGAAGGAAGGUCGCAGGCACGGUGUUGGGCAGCUGACGUUUGCCGAUGGCACCGCUUACGUGGGGCACUUUGAGAACGGGCUGUUCCACGGCUGCGGCGUGCUCACCUUCUCUGACGGCUCCAGGUACGAGGGGGAGUUUGUGCAGGGCAAGUUCAACGGCGUCGGCGUCUUCACCCGCUGCGACAACAUGACUUUUGAGGGAGAGUUCAAAGGCGGGCGGGUGUAUGGCUUCGGUCUCCUGACCUUCCCCGAUGGCUCCCACGGGGUGCCCCGCAAUGAGGGUUUCUUUGAGAACAACAAGCUGCUGCGGAGGGAGAAGUGCCCGGCUGUCAUCCAGAGGGCCCAGGGUGCCUCCAAGUCUGCCCACAACCUGACAGCGUGAUGGUGCCCCACAUCCCCUCCCACUGCAGAGGGGCAUCCGCUGGCCCUGCUGUCCCCAGAGCAGGGAUGUGGCACUGCCGGGUGCCCCCUUGCCCUCUGUCUCUACCAAGCCCCCCUGCCGAACCCCCGUGGCUGGGGGGGAACCCUCCACCCAAGUGCCCCAGGGCAGCCGUGGUGCCUUCUCUCUCUGGCUAUAGCCCUGGCACCUGCUGGAGCAGCACGGGGACAGGGUAGCCUGGGCCGGGCUGCUCUGCCCCCAGGAAGACUGUGGAGCACUGGGGCUGCUGGCCUGCUGCAGAGGAUGGAGCAGGGGUGGAGGGGCUGAGCCCUGACCCCACUGCCAGGGUGCCUUGGCUGGGAGCUGCUAGCUGGACCACGUGCUCAGAGAGAGGCAGCUCCUGGUCCACUUCACUACCCUGGUUUUGAGGCAGGGUGGGCACCAUGUGGCCUGUGCCCAUUCUAGGUGACUGGCCAUCCUCCACUUGCCUGGGCAGGGUGA